UUCGCGUGACUGUGUCUGGCUAAUCCGUUUGUGACCACUCCGAAUCAACGAUGUCUGGACGAGGAAAAGGCGGAAAGGCCAAGUCCAAGGCAAAGACUAGGUCAUCCCGAGCAGGACUCCAGUUCCCGGUUGGUCGUAUCCACCGUUUGUUGCGCAAAGGCAACUAUGGCGAGCGUGUCGGAGCCGGCGCUCCGGUGUACUUGGCUGCCGUGCUCGAGUACCUCGCCGCUGAGGUCUUGGAAUUGGCGGGAAACGCUGCCAGGGACAAUAAGAAAACCCGAAUCAUUCCCAGACAUCUCCAGCUGGCCAUCCGGAACGACGAGGAGUUGAACAAACUCCUGUCUGGUGUCACCAUCGCUCAAGGUGGUGUGCUGCCAAAUAUUCAAGCAGUGCUCCUACCCAAGAAAACGGACAAAGCCGCGGCUUGAUCCGUCUGAUGGAUCUCAAAUCGAAACAACAGUCAGUCCAGCUAAUCUCCGAGGAGCGAAGGUGUUGUUCCCAAUGAAAAAUUGAGUCUCGAGCACCAUUGCCUUCUAUCACCCUUCGCCGUCUGCCUGAAUCGAGUCAGAGUGGAAAGUUUGUCACGGACUCGGCAUCUUGUGCCAAGACGAUCCGAGAAAAAAUCGAGAACAGGCGAUUAGUCCCUUCUUGUGAUAUGAAGAAUUGUGUCAGAUGUGGACUGGCGUAGACGACUGUGCUCGGAAAACCACUAACUUAUACAUGAAAAAUCAAUGUGCUACUUGUAAGCUAAAAUCCAUGGUUCCAAAGAGGACUAACUAGCUUCUCAAUGAAGGUGAUACUGGGAAAAGCAAGGCAAAAGACAUAAAAUAAACUUUUGAGCUGUAAAUAAAAAUGGAUCGUGUCGGAUUUAAUAAAGACUUUCGAUUGUACCGA